AUGCCAGGGUCCGCGAAGCAAUUGUCUGUCGCCCCUAGUGGUGCCCAUGAGAAAAAGGAUAAGCUUUCGGAUGACAUGGACGCAACGAGCUACCAUGAAUUGCGCAAGUCGAUGAUAUCCGAUCUGGAAAAGUCGAACAAAACUGCCUAUCCCCACAAAUUCCACGUUUCCAUCUCUAUCGGGAAAUUCAUAGAGAAGUAUUCUCAUUUAAAUCCUGGUGAACAUCUCGAUGAUGUGACCGUGAGCAUUGCUGGAAGAAUACAUGCUAAGCGUGAGGCGGGGUCUAAACUGAUCUUUUAUGAUGUCAUAUCGGAUGAAAAGCGACUGCAAAUCAUGGCGAACCUCAAAGAUUACAAAUCCCCAGAAGAUUUUUAUCAGGUGAACGACCUGUUGCGGAUGGGAGACAUUGUUGGUUGUAUUGGAAAGCCAGGGAAGUCAAAGCUUGGGGAGCUGAGCAUACUCCCUAAGGAACUUGUCCUUCUUGCGCCGUGUCUUUACCAGCUGCCCCACCUACACUACGGUGUGAAAGAUAAAGAAACGCGAUACCGCCAACGCUAUUUGGAUUUGAUGAUGAACGAGGAAGUUAGACAGCGCUUCAUUACCAGAUCGCGCAUUAUAAACUAUGUGCGUUCUUUUCUUGACGAUCUUGGCUUUCUUGAGGUGGAAACCCCAAUGAUGAACAUGAUCCCCGGCGGUGCUGCGGCCAAACCAUUCAUCACUUACCACAAUGAUCUCAACAUGAGCCUGUACAUGCGUGUAGCUCCGGAGCUGUACCUCAAGAUGCUCGUUGUCGGUGGCUUCAAUCGAGUUUACGAAAUAGGACGUGUGUUUCGUAACGAGGGUAUCGAUAUGACACAUAACCCAGAAUUCUCCAUGUGCGAGUUCUACAUGGCAUACGCGGACUACGAAGAUCUCAUGAAAGUCACUGAGGACUUGCUGUCCGGUCUUGUCAAACACUUGUUCGGCACGUAUAUUGUCACAUACAAUCCCGAUGGAGGUGACUCAGAACCGCUAACCGUCGACUUCACCCCUCCGUUUAAACGGAUGAAUAUCUAUGAUAGUCUGGCACAGAAGCUGGGUGUGAAACUGCCCUCUCCAGAGUUGUUGGAAACGGACGAAGUUAAUCAGUUCUUCAUUAAACUCGCAGCUGACCACAACGUGGAAUGCCCUGAACCAAAAACUACCGCCAGACUUUUAGACAAGCUUGCCGGUGAAUUCCUGGAACCCGACUGCAUCAGUCCCACAUUUCUCACUUGCCACCCGACUGUGAUGAGUCCCUUGGCCAAGUGGCAUCGUUCCAGGCCUGGUCUAACAGAACGCUUUGAAUUGUUCAUCCUGCGCAAGGAAAUUUGCAACGCCUACACCGAACUGAACGACCCGGUGAUACAACGACAGCGUUUUGUCGAACAAGCCAAGGCCAAGGCUGCUGGCGACGGCGAAGCGAUGCCAACCGACGAACCGUUUUUGACGGCCCUUGGCUACGGUCUUCCUCCCACAGCUGGGUGGGGCAUGGGGAUUGAUCGGCUGGCCAUGUUUCUGACCAAUACCAACAAUUUGAAGGAAGUCAUUCUGUUCCCCGCGAUGAAGCCAGAAACGCCCGUAGCCGAUACGAAUCCAGCCAAAACCACGACCCAGGCAAAUUCCGACCAAACUGGAGAUUCGCUUGCCAAACCCGCUGCAACAGAAUCGUCCACUGUAGCACCCGUUACCGCUACUCCAGCGCCAGUUUCUAACACCACAGCGUCAGAACCUGAGAAGAUUUCCCCAAACCGCACAACAUCUCCGGCGGAUUUCCCUACUCCAGCCGAAUCGGCACACCUAACCUCCGACCCAGCUCUCCAUACGCCACCCAGAACAGGGAAUGAGGCCGCGACAACUCCAAAAAGCAGCGGCGGCUCAAAAAGCGGCAAAAAGAAGAAAGGCCGGAAGUCAUAG